AUGCCUCUCGCCCUGGCCAUCGCCGCCGCCUCCUUGACGCUGAGUGGUCCACGGAACGCUGAGCAGGACCGGCGCUCGCUGGCUCAAGCAGGCAGCCACAACUGCGCCGAGGCGGCGGUGGCGGCGGCGAUGCGACGGCCUACGGCUACAGUGCGGCACGCUCCGGCUGUCCUCACCGCUGCCGUCACGUCUCCACCGCCGGCGCGUCGCGCGAUGCCGCUGGCGAUGCUGCUUCUCGCGCCGCUGGCGAUGGGAACGUACGGCGUCGCUGUCAAAUGCCUCUUCGCGCUUCCGACGCCGCCUCCAGAGCUCCUCUUCACGCUGAUCAAUUACCUCGUCUCCUCGACUGCGGUCGCCGCCGCCGCCACGGUCGUCCACCGGCGCGACCUUUCGCCCAGCGCGCCUCGACCUCCUAGGCCGGGCUCGCGAGGCGCCCUCCUCGCGGGCGGCUGUGAGCUUGGCGGCUACCUCUUCCUCGGCUCGUGCUUCCAGCUCUUCGGCCUGCGCACCGUGCCUGCCUCCCGCGCCGCCUUCCUCAUCCAGCUCACCACCGUCUUCACACCACUCGUCGACGGCCUGCUCCAGCGUCGCGCUCCGAGCCGAGCCGAGUCUCUCGGCUGCCUGCUCGCCCUGUGCGGCGUCGCGAUGCUCCUCGCCCGCGUCAAGGAGGCUGCGCGCGGGCUGCUCUCGCUCGCGGCUCUCGCGGCGGCGGCGGCCUGCUCGCCGGCGCAGGCGCAAGGGCUCCGCGCCUUCGCGCAGGCGGCCGCAGCCCGGCCUCGCGCCGUCGCAGGCCCCGUGCUCGCCCUCGCGAUGUGGACUGGCCUCGUCACCACCGCGCUGCCGACGGUGGCGCAGACGCUCGCCCAGCGAGACGUCGCCGCGAGCACCGCGGCGGUCGCCUACGCCGCGCAGCCGCUAGUCUCCGCGGACGCUCCUCCGUCGUCGUUCGUGCCCACCCGCGCGGCUCGCGCUUUGCCAGUUCUCUCGGGGCACGGCCACUCGCGGGGAUGGGCGCGCGAAGAGUGA